AUGGCCACAUCCAUACCUUCUGGCCCACGGGCACCUAUAUGGCUGAACAAGGUCAGUUUGGAGCCCACCUUGGGCAAGCACGCACUUCAAUGGAUACUGGGCUGGAGGUACGUCUCAACUUUCCGCGAGUUUGGAGCAAGGACACCAACCCCAGUGCCAUACAUACCGCCCAUGCACCCAAAUAGAUUUCACAUGCGGGUGCGAGGAACCGAACCGGAACAUAUGGAGGUGAAAUUCCAUAAUAUUUUGGAUUUUGGAUUAGGAGAACGCCCCAUACCCUUUUACUUUAUCAUGUUUGAGCAUAUUUUGCCUUCCCCCAAAAGCAAGUGCCCUGAAGUGGAGUUGUGGGUGCCUCAAUCCAAUGGCACAUUUUGUGUCCCAGUGCCCGGAGUCUCAGGUAGUAGCCCACUUUCACUUUUGCAUCGGUCCAACGGCUAUAAAUUUGUCUUAGGAGAGCUAAGUAAAAAGACCAAGACUUGUAAAGAUUUUCCCCCUGUUUUAGCCCUCUCUCGUGCCAAAAUGUUUGAUGGUACAGCGCCCGUUGACUAA